ACUUCCCAGAGCGACAACCACUAGGAUCCUAACUUCCAGCUCCCAUUUACCUUCUUCCAAACUCUACCGCCAUGCGGUGGCCGUCGGCGGUAAAAUGCGGCGGCUUGGGGAUAGCGGCCAUGUCCUACGUCGCAAUCGACUAUCUACGCCACCUGUCCCCUACAUGGCACGCGCGGCUCCAGCCGACUCUCUGGUCUCUGCUCGCCUUGAUUGCUAUCACCCGCGUAAGAAGCUACAAGCACUGGUCCUCCGAGUUUCGCGCCGCCAUCCCAUUUGUUGCUUCCAUGCUCUUCAUGCUCGCCGCUCUUCUCUUUGAAGCCCUUUCCGUCCGCUUCGUCACCGCCGUGCUCGGCCUUGAUUGGCACAGUGAUACACAUCCUCUUCCAGACACUGGUCAGUGGGUGCUCCUGGCAUUAAAUGAGAAACUUCCAGGAUCGGUGGUUCAGAUAUUGAGAGCCCGUAUUAUUGGUUUGCACCAUUUCCUGAUGUUGUUUAUGAUGCUGGCAUUCUCUGUUCUCUUUGAUUCUGUAGAAGCUCCCGGUCUUGGGCUAGGCGCACGGUACAUGUUUACGAUGGCAAUUGGCCGUCUUCUUCGGGCUAUAACUUUUGUAUCUACAAUUUUACCGUCAGCGCGGCCUUGGUGUGCUCAAUCUCGGUUUAGAGUCCCUGGAUACCCACAUCAUUGGGCUCAGAAGUAUUAUGUUCCAUAUGCUACUGAUGCUAAUGCGAUUCGUCAGAUAUUAUAUCAAGAUAUAGCUUAUGCUGAUACUGGUAACUACAUUUCUGACUACCAUCCUGACUGGGGUUACAUGAACUUUCUAAUUGAUUUCCUUCGGCCCACUGCAUCAGAAGGACCAUCAUGGUUCGGUCUACUGAAAAAAGCUGGAGGUGGCUGCAAUGACCUAUUAUACAGUGGCCACAUGCUUGUUGCUGUAUUGACAGCCAUGGCUUGGACGGAAGCUUAUGGAGGUUUUAGCUCAGUUCUCGUCUGGUUACUUGUAAUGCACAGUGCUCAGAGAGAAAUACGAGAACGACACCAUUACAGUGUCGACUGCAUUGUGGCCAUCUACGUGGGUAUAUUGCUUUGGAAGAUGACAGGUUUUAUUUGGCCAACCAAGGAUGCUUCGAGAGGCAGAAGGCUCGAGAAGCUAGAGAAGAUUCAAAGCCGACUAAUACAAGCUGCAAAGGACUCCGACAUGGAGGAAGUGAGGGAGCUUCUGAAGGAGGUUGAGUUAUGCAAGGAAGAUAGUCAGAACAGAGUCCCGAGUAGGUUAAUGUGGUUGUUUCCGUGUGCGACCAUCUUUGCAGCAUUUACUGUGGUGCUUCUGGCCUUUACAUGGACGAGUGAUGGCUAAUUUUCUUUAGGUGAUACCCUUGAUUCCACGGUUUUAAAGGUUAGACAAUGUAGUUCUAUGUAAUUCAACACUCGCUGUUUUUUGUGAGGAUUAGAGAAGUUUACUGAGUAAGCGAAGAUCCAACUAUGAGAAUUUGAGUCGCUUUGGAGUCUAGAUUCCAUCAUGUUGUUGUUAUGUGUAAUCCAAAAUUAAUACGACAUUUGUUUGAUAAUUUGUAUGAUCAACUGCAACAGUUAAUUCUGUUAUAUGUUCUUGUUUUUCAUUCUCUU